AUGAGUACUGCCACCAUCGAGUGGUCUGUGCAAACGGGCCCUUGCGAAAAUGCAAAAAGGAAAAUCGACCAAUCAAAUCUCGUUCUCACAUCAGUGUUGUCCGGGAUUUUCAAAAUAACGAAGGCGAGUUCGGUACAACUAAAAUUCGAUAAGAAGAUGGAAGGAGAGACAGAGAACAAAGAUAAUGACCUUGAGAAGAGCAUUGAGGAUAUCCGAUCUAAGAUGAUAGAGAAGAGACGCAAAAAGAUCCGGGCUGACCUCAGUCAGUCAAGGUCACGUAACAAGAAUGCAAACCUUGCCCUGAAGACCAGUCUACGGCUCAACAACAGGACCUUGGCUAAAUCCCUCUCUGUAGCUCGCAAGGAAUACCACCUAGCGGAGAGUGAACUCGUCGAGCUACAGAGAGAGCGUCUGAACCUUCGGCUGGACAUCAGUCGGUUAAAAGCUGAACACGACAAACAGAGAACUCAAAUAAAGGGAGUACACGAGAAGUUGCGGAAGGUGACCAGUAAUCUGAUGGACACCGUAGGGCUCCUUGGGGAGGCGAUGGACAUGUGCACACAUUCCCUGACCAAGGAGCACUCCAGGAGCCUUGGAGUGGUAUCCAGGGCCUCCUCCUCCUGCUCCUCCACCUCAGGCUCUGCAUCAAGCGAUACCUCAGUACCUCACUCGAUACCGUCGAAGAAAGACAGUUCUCCAACAUGCGACACCUCAGUACCUCACACGUCACCGUCAAAGAAAGACAGCUCCCCAAUGGGUGAUACCUCAAUACCCCACAGGAUACCGUCCAAGAAAGACCGGCCUGCAUCAAGUGAUACCUCCUUACCUCGCAGAAUACCAAUGAAGAAAGUAACCAAACCAUCGGUGCACAUCAACCCAGAUGAAGAAGAAGAUAUCAAGUCAUCGACCAACUUGAAGCCUGACAUGGGGAUUGAUGAUGAAAUAGACCUUGAUAUUCCUCUCCGUUUUAUGUCUCCACAAGGAAAAGGGAGAAACCAAAGACACUCAAAGAACUUUAAUCAGUCACUCUCCAGGAGAACGUCCUCCAUGUUGGAUCCUGCUGUUAUGGCUGCCAUGGCAACAGAAAGAAUACAAAGAUCAGCUACAAGCAUCCAGAAUCUAUUAGAAGAGACUGCUGAUGUAAGCUUGACUUCUGCCGAGGAAGAACCAAUGGUCUGUAGGGAUAGCAUUGAAGGUCAAAGUAAGGUGGAUGAAGGUCAGGGUAUUGAAGGGAAUAAUGACAAAAGGGAUGGUGCAAACAUCCAGGAUAUAUCGGAAGAAACAGGUGACAUUAGCACGACCAUUGCCGAGGAACAAGCAACGGUCCGUAGGGAUAGCAUUGAAAGUCAAAUUGAGGUGGAUGUAGAACAAUGUACUAAAGGGAAUAAUGAAAAAGAGGAUGGUUCGUGUACAAUCACAAAUCAAAGUGAUGAUGGAAAAGUGGGAAAGAGGAGGAGUGGAAGACUGACCAAGAAGAGGGUUACCUACAUCUACCCUGAUGAUGAUGAAGAUGAUGAAUUCCAAGAAAUAGAUGAGGAUGUAGUACUGGUCCAGAAGGAGGACGUCAAACAGAGUUCGAGUAAGAGACGAUCGAAAAACACUAAUGGGAGAUUGUCUCGAAGGAGGGAUCCUAUUGUGAUAGACGGUGAUGGUGCAAUGGAUUGCGGGAUCGAGAGAGACUUGGAAGAGCUAGCUCUCCUUCUUACUGACAAUGAGGAAGAGGCUAAGGUCAGCGCCAAACCUAGCACGCUCAAUCAAGAAGUUGGUAAAACAAAAGAGGAUGAGCUGGACACGCAUCAUAAGAGUCGUAGGAAGGAAGCUACACGUAGCAAGAUCCCAAAAUUGUCCAGUGACAAGAUUGAAGAGAAGAAAAAGAAGAAGAAGAAAUACCCUCACAAGCCCAAGUGUAAAAUUGGGACAAAGAAGGAUUGUAAUCGACAGCAGGACGAGAAGGACGUCCAACAGAUGACAGUCUUUGAUCUUUCUAUGGGAGAUAGCUUUUCACACCAAACUCCAUCAUGUAAAAUCCCUAAACCCCGGUCAACAACCAGGACUAAUCCCGAUGAUGAUGUGGAGAAAGACAAAAUGGUCCAGGAAGCAGCAACCAGUGUAGGUUCAGGUGAAGAUUCAAGAAGCAAUGCCCCGAAAUGGUCCUGCAAUGAUCCGGAUUCAGAAGACUUUGCCGACCAGGAAUUUCGUAGUCGUGUUAAAAACAAAGAAAAUUCCGGAGAAGGAAAGCACAGCAAGAUAAAGAGAAAAUCGCGCAAAUCCAAGUCAGUUGUUACUCCAGGAGCAGCAGAACCAAAGGUCAGGCUUUCGAAGAAGGCUCUCCUUGAAGAACUCAGCAACCUUGAUGCAUCCUACUUCAUCGAUGUCACUCAUCCUGAACAAAUAAACAAGGUAGCGGCUUCAUUACCAUCUCGGAAGAGCAGCUUGAAGGAUGAAGGCGAAAGCCUGAAUGACCUUAUGAUGAAACCACAUCACAAGAAAUCUUCCAAAAGGAAACUAUCAACGAGAAAUUUCUAUUUUGGAGAUAAUGACUGCGCAGAAGAGAAAAGAAAAUCAAGAUUAGAUAGGUCUGACUUAGAAGCAGGUGAGCUCAGUAGCCUCAAUAUAAGUUCACUCUGUUUAGGUAAUACAAAUCCGGAUGCAACCUUCACAUUUCCGAAAACAUCCGCUGAUCUUGUCUCAAAAACGCACAGUUUAGAGCAGUCGGCUGAAAAUCCAGAUAGCACCUUCACACUUCCUAAAACCUCCUCUGAUUCUUCAGAAACACGCACUUCAAAACGGUUGCCUGAAAAUCCAGAUAGCACCUUCAUACUUCCUAAAACAUCCGCUGAUUCCUCAGAAACACACGCUUCAGAUUCAGAACAGUGGGCUGAAAAUUCAGAUAGCACCUUUACACUUCCUAAAACAUCCGCUGAUUCCUCGGAAACGCACGCUUCAGAACAGUCUGCUGCACCUUCUAUCAGAACACGUUCAUCUAUUGGAGGGUCUGGAAGUGGAGAGGAGGGCUUAGAGAAUGUUGGUAACUCCUCAAGCAUGAAAAAGGUUGAGAAAAUCAAUGAGCCAGAAGUUAUCACAGACAGCAAAGGGACCGAAGUAAGGAAAGUGCAUUUUGAGUGUUCCGACCAUUUGGGGAGCAUCGGUUCAAGCUUGACUUCAAGACAUUCAACAGAGCCAGUACAAAUAUGUAAAACAGAGUCUAGGAAUGUCAAUGAAGCACAGAACAGCCAUUCUCAUGAAUCGGAGAAGAGAGAAGAGGAGAGAACGAAUGCUCUAUCACAGCAAACCUUCAAGAGGAAGCAUAAGUCAGAUGUUGAUGAGAACCCCAUCAAGAUUGCCAAGACUGAUAUUGAAUCCGCUCUACCUGAAAGAACGGGAAGGAGAUCGAAGGCAGUUAGCUAUAAGGAACCAUCACUCUCCAGCAAACUACGUCAGGGAGAUCGAUUCACUUCUACUGUUUACAAGCAAACAAAGAAGUCACGAAAGAAGAAUGAACAGAGAACUGCUCUUGGUGACAUCACUAACUAAAAAGGAGUACCCAUGGGUUGUUUCACCAAGAUUUAAGUGUGACUUACGGGUUGUUGCAAGGAAAUUUUUGCAAUCAAUUGCAAAUAUUCUGUUGCAAUUUUACAAUUAAAUCAACUUUAACUCUAGCAAAUCGUAUUACGCCCCUUGUUUCAAGAAGCAGAUUAGUAGUCAGUCACAAAUUUACAAUUAAUGCAAGAUAUGAUUGAUUUAGAGACCGAAAAUAGACUUGCAAUUGAUCACAAGUUUCUUGCAACGCUCCAUUAGAGUUGCGCUUAAAUUUCAGUUGCGUCUGGAAUAGAAUGCAUCACCACAGUGGUCAAAUCAUGUGCAAGGGACGCUCACUACUGCAUAUUAAAGGUCAAGUCCACCUCAGAAAAAUGUUGAUUUCAAUAGAAAAAAAUCAGACAAGCACAAUGCUGAAGA